GGGGGGGUUGUUUCUGGCUAAUAUAAAUAUUGCAGCGUUGUGGCAUGCAAUUGCAAUGAAUGACUCUCUAUAAAAAAUACAAUUAUCGUUAUUGACGAGCGUGUUGUUCUGUUACCUCCCGGGCAGUACCUUAAAACGCUGCAGUUUUAGACCCAACUUCCGUGAAGCAUGCCAUCCACACGUCGCACAAGCAGAAUAACUCUUUUUUUACAACUUUGACGGGCGCUGGGCGUAUCUCCCCCCCCACUACCCUGAGCGAGAAGGUGUUUACACGUUGCAUCGUAACAACCGGUUGAUAAAAGCUGCUGUUAAGAAGGCGAACAACGCCGCCUUCGUCGUUGGUUGAAUCUUGAGAGUUGAAACGAUCGGCCUCAACAAAUGUCCGGCGCGCCCAAUUCGCUCCUGGUGGUGUGCAUCCUAAUCGCUGUGUGUGUCCUCACGGAAGCGAAGUGCAAUGACACCACGGAGUAUGAAAUCCACGGUCGAUGUUGUGAGAAAUGCCCACCGGGUUUCUUCAUGACGGAGAAGUGCUCAGAAGGAUCAAAAGCAUCCACGUGUGAGAAUUGCACCGAGGGAUCUUACAGUGACACGUACAGUACAGCUGGUCAGUGCAAGCCAUGUGACUUUUGCAAUGAAGAAAUUAAUAAGACAGAGGUGAAGCCCUGUACACCGACAAGUAAUCGGGAGUGUGCUUGUGAAGAUGGCACUCACGAAUUUCACGACGGAGGGAUCGAGAUCUGCUGCAAUAACUGUCCUGCUGGAGAAGAGUUGACAAGAGAAUGUAAAAUUGGUAGACCUACAACGUGUACCCCAUGUAAUGAAGGAACCUACAGCAACGGCAGAGGAGUUUGCUCUCCGUGCACUGGGUGUAACAACGACGAAAAGAUGUUGGCAGCUUGCACGGCGGCGAGUGACACAAAGUGCGGGACGUACGACGGCAUUUUCAUCAAUUUCGUCAUAUUGAUGAUGGUAGCAAUCAUAUUCAUAUCUAUAUGCUGCUUGAAAAAACACCAUUUCAGUGUGGAUCCGCUGCACAUCGAAGUAAAGAAACGCUGUUAAAACCAAUCCCUGGUUGGAGGUCAAAGGUCGGACCAUUCGUCCAACGGUGAGAGGCCGGGGAAUGCGGACUAACGUGACGAGAAGAGGCUAUCUCCGCUCUCUCCGCCAUCUCACCGUACUCAACAAACAAAAACGAUGUUUUUAAAUUUGACCAGGUAAGGCCCACUGAGCUGUAUGGCCCUUUUUUCAGAAGCGACCUGGCCACAAAUGACAGCUCAA